AUGGGAUACCUGCUUGAUUCGACAGCGGACAACAUGAAGUUCUACAACGUCAUCAACGGCGAGCGCCGUGGGAGCGAUAACCACCACCAAUGCACAGAUCCCCGCACCGAGGAACCGCUCUGGGAUGCUCCCCUUGCCACGACGCAGGAUCUUGAGGAAGCCGUUGCAGCCGCCCAGAAGGCCCUCAAGACUUGGUCCAAGACUGCGAUCGAAGAGAGAUCCAAUCUCUUGCGCAAGAUUGUGGAGGUUUAUACCACCCACAAGGAUGAGCUGAAAGAAAUCGUCAUGAAAGAGACGGGGAAAUCGAGUCUCAUGGCCGACAUUGAAAUCACAAAUACUUGCAAUCAAACCUCGUACUAUUCAAAUGUUCACCUCGAAGAUGAAGUCACUUUCGAGGACGACAACAUCAAGAUCGUCGCCACUCACCAACCACUGGGUAUCGUGGGGGCUAUCUGUCCUUGGAACUUCCCUCUCAUCUUGUCAAACAUCAAAGUGGCAUCCUCGCUCAUCACCGGCAACUGCAUCAUCGUCAAACCCUCGCCCUUCACUCCGUAUUCUGUCAUGAAAUCCAUCGAGCUGCUCAUCGACGUCUUUCCUCCCGGUGUCGUACAGGUAGUCAACGGCGGCGUCGACUUGGGUAUCGCAAUGACCUUGCAUCCAGGCAUCGCCAAGAUCAGCUUCACCGGGACAAUUGCCACAGGAAAGAGCGUCAUGGCGAGCUGCGCAAAGACGCUCAAGCGCUUGACCUUGGAGCUAGCGGGCAACGACGCGGCGAUCGUGACUGACGACAUCGACAUUGCAAAGGUGGCAGGACAGGUCGCGCAAGGAUGCUUCUUCAACGCCGGGCAGAUGUGCGUCGCAACGAAGCGAGUUUACGUCCACGAUUCGGUGUAUGAAAAGUUCCUGGAUGCCUUCAAGAGCGCAGUUGCCGAGAAAUAUGUCAUCACCAAGGAUGCCCACGCACCCAGUUUGUUCGGCCCCGUCUCGAACAAGAUGCAGUAUAAUGUUGUCAAGGAUAUUUAUGACCACUACAAGAAGAAUGGCUUCAAUAUGAUUGCUGCGGAUCAUCCCGAAGACUCCAAAGGCUUCUGGAUACCCCCGACCAUUGUCACAAAGCCUCCUGAUGACUCUAUUUUGGUCAAGGAAGAACAAUUUGGCCCGAUAGUACCCAUCUUAUCUUGGACAGAGGAAGACGAGUUGUUCCAGCGAGUCAACCUGGCCAACGCUGGUCUCGGGUCGUCUGUCUACUGCCGCGAUCUAGGCCGUGCCGAGAGCCUCGCCCGGAGGGUAGAGGCGGGAACAGUCGCUAUCAACCUCCCCGAGAUACCGCACCACGGAGGUUACUUCUCCGGCAUGAAGGACAGCGGCCAUGGGGGCGAGAUGGGCAAACACGGCCUUCAUUCAUACUGUUACACGCAAAGUCUGCAAUUUGGCAAGAGUUGA